AUGGGUGUCACGCGACUGAAGAAGAAGCUUCAGCGCAAUGGUCAACAAUGGCUCACCGACAUGUGUCUGAAGCUGAAGAGAAACCAUCUCUGGCAGCGAAUGCUCAAGAAUACCAUAUGCACGACUAUCACACUCAUUCUCGGCAUCAUCCCAGCUGUCGUAGCUGUCUAUGGCCGUGCGACGUACCUGGGGCCCAUGGCGUCCGUCUUUGGCCAUCCAGGGCAACGCUUUGGCCAGAUGACUGAAGUGCUCUUCCUCAUCACGCUCGGCACCUUCGUGGGUAUGGGUUGGGGCCUCCUGGGGCUGCACCUUUCCAGCCUCGUCUACGACACCAAUGUGGAGGCAGCUUGGGCAAUACGAGCUGUCUUUUUCACACUGGCUCUGCUACUCCAUGGCGUCCUUCGUUCGUCGACUCCCAGGCUGUUCAUGUUUGUCUUUUGGUUCCUGCUUGUCAACCUGACCAUCCUCACUAGCAAAGCGACGUCGAUCUCGACUGCCUUGGUGACACAGAUAAUUUAUCCAAUCCUGACAGCAAUUAUGGUCAUCAUUCUGGUGAACGUCACCAUCUUCCCGGAAUUCUCGAGCGCUUUCCUGGGCACAUCUACGAUCGAAACGUUAGCCGAAACGAUGUCUUGUUUCCAGGAAGCUGGUGAUUGGUUCAUGUCCAAUACCAAGGAGCUUUCCGGUGAGGCAACCGAAGAGACGCUGUCAACGCAAUUACGCACCAGGCUUGUGGCUUUGACUGACCAAAAGACAAAGUUGAGGACCAAGCUUGGGAGUUCCAAGGCAGUCCAAGCUGAAUGCAACUUCGAGCUGGUGUUUGCAGUUCUGCCACCUCGGUCCCUGAAGCCUAUCAGUAUGACUUUGAUGUCUCGUCUCGUGCAAGUCACCAUCUGCCUCAUCAAUGCUUGCGAGUCAAAAUACGCACUCGCAGGAUACGGCCAUGACGAAGAUCGGCUAGAGGAAACCAAAGACAAAGACGCGGACAGCGACGACUCCGACACUGAUUCUGGUUCUGGUUCAAGCAGCGAGUCCUCGGAGGAAAGUGACGAUGCAGAAUCACAGCAUGGGAGUAAGCAUCCCCGGAAGUCUAGACAUCGGCGAAAUCUGGAAUUGGUCAAGCCGGUCCGUGAGAUCGCAUCUGGCGACAUUGAUCUCCUGGAACAUAUCAUGUCCCAGGUCAGAGUACCAGCGAAAGUAUUACUGGUCCAGAUCCAAGACGCCGUGCAUGUCGUUACGUCUUCAUUGGCGUACUGCUACGACGUACAUACUCUCCCAUCUGGCUCACCGACCCCUGAUGGAAUCAUCCUAGAGGAGAUUGACCUCCGGGUGAAUAUCUUUACCAAUGCAUUAUCACAAUUUGACCUGGACUCUGCAAUAGCACUGGAAAAUGCUGCUGCCAUGGCGUAUGGAAAAGACUCACAGGGAGAUAUAACGCCUAGGAUGGAAACACACCUAGUUUCGUCUUUCCUCAUUAGCUUUCGUCAAGCCGCUUCCCAGGUCAUGGAUAUGCUGAAGGAGUCCAGAACUUUGGUAGAAAGAAGACAAGCAAGGCACAACCACCGACGGCUAUAUUGGCCACAAAUCAGUUGGAAGAAAUGGCUCACCACAGGAGGUGAACGUGACGGGAUGGCUCUACCAGAGAAUGCCAGGAAGGAAGCACGGGCUGGCCACGGGUUGAGAGAAGACAAGAGAGGAAAGGAUGACGACGAAGCGAACAACAGCAGUGAGACACUCGUGAGAGAGAAGACUGAUGAAGAAACCGGAGCAGCUGUCACGAGACAGCCGACAUACCCCGAAAAAGGCAAGAUACCGCGUCGCAAGGGACCGCAAAAGCCCAAUGUCACUAACGUCACGUGGCUGCGUGGUUUGGCUGCUGAUGCUUUUGAACUCUUUGCUGACUCGGACGACCUGGCUUUUGCCCUGAAGAUGUGUGUUGCUGCAUUCAUCGUCACAUGGCCCGCAUUUGUACCGUCUCUCAAUGCAUGGUACGGAUCUAUCCGAGGGUCGUGGGCAUCCCUUCAGCUGAUCCUCGUUUUCGAGGUCUCGGUGGGAACAUCGUUCCAGGGGUUCUUCCUCAGAGCUUUCGGUGUCGUGUUUGGUUGCACAGUAGGUUUCGUCGCUUAUGAGAUUGGCCAUGGGAAUCGAGUUGCAUUGGUCAUCAUCUUGGUCCUCGGCAUCAUCCCAUCGACGUACUUUCACCUAGGUACACCCUACGUCAAGACAGGCAUUAUCUCGAUUACGUCCAUGUCUGUCGUUGGCCUUGGUAAGCAUCACUCCUUCAUCAGUGUCGAGUUCUGGGCAGCUCAUCUGGCAAUAGCAACGGUUGUCACAACUAACAAUGAUGAGGCAUGGGAGAUCUACGUGAAACGCCUUGUGUGUUUCUUAGUCGGCGGUGCUGUAGCCCUCGUGAUUGAGAUGACGCUAUUCCCCGUACGUGCGAGAGACAUGCUGGUUGAAUCGUUAGCUUCCAGUAUCCAGCAAAUCUCAAACAUGGAAGCGUCCGUUGCUGCCGGAGUCGAUUCGCCGAAGAACAUCAACUUCAAGUCACAAGCUCUUAACCAGAGCUUCACCCGCGCCAAGGGAAAGGCUGAACAAGCGCUCUCUGCAGCUCGAACCUUUUUGCCGUUUACCCUGACUGAACCGCGGCUCAAGGGCCCCAUGUCCCCGGUUCUGGAAUGCACAAACACAGGCGAGAUGAUUUACGUGCUGUUCCAGAUCAUCGACCGCAUGGACAACAUGCUGCACGCCCGCAAAGCCUAUGGCAGCAGCGUGCUCGAAGAGAUGCACCAUGCCGUUCUGCCAUAUCGUCGGAAUGUAGCAGCCAGCAUCACACUCACCCUCUUCGCCGUUCACGAAGCCCUCACCACCCGGCUGCCACUCCCGCAGUUCCUGCCAUCCAGCCGCGUAGCCCAACUCCGCUACGUCAGCCGAGUGCGCGAACUCCUCGUCGAACAAGCUGCAGCAUCCGCCCUCCAGAGCGGCGUCCAGACCCCGGCCACGACCGGCUCGCGCCAUGGCUCCAUCCCGCUCCAAGGCCAUGCCCUUAAGUCGAUGACGCGCCAGAACUUCCUCGCGUGGAACGCCGCGUCCGCCGGCACCAUGGAGAUCAUCGAGUACCUCGAGGAGCUUGUCGACCUCGCCAAGCUCCUCGUCGGCGUCAACGCCUUCCGCACUGGAAUGCUGGAGCGGCCGAAGUUUCAUGAGUACGCCGCCAAGAUCAGGGCCCGGCAGACGGCGCUAGCUGCCGCUACGGCGGCGGAGACGGAGCAGCCGGUCGAGAAGGUCAGGAGCAAGGCCAGCGGCUCCGGUCGUAAGCGGCGCGGCUUCUCGUUCGGGAGGCGGCCGUCUGUGGGCGCUACCGGUAUCGGCAGCGAAGGCGUGCUGGGCGGCACUCUGCGUCGGCGUCAGACGGCGGGUGCGAGGACCGGCGACGCCGCUAUGGAUAGCGGGGACGACGGGGAGAGGGAGGACGCGGUCGUGGAUGACUUGCCUAUGAGCCUCCAGCGCGUCAUGUCGAGGCGGAUUGAGGGCCGGGAGCUCGAGAGGCUGGGUAGGCGCCAUACUGAGGACCCGAAGGGGAAGCGGGCUCUUCGAGGUGCGAGGACUUGGAUGGGGUAG